GUGCUUAUGUCAGCCGCGUGAUGGAAGGUCACUGCUGGCGUGAUUUUGCGGGAUGGGGCAGGGUAUAUAAGGACGGGUUGCGGACUUGACUUUGAUCAUAGAAUACAAUGGCCAAGAAACAAAGACAAACACAACACAGCGAACCAAUACAUUUAGAUCAUCUGGAAGCUGCUCCUAAGGUGCGGACGUCGCACGAGAUGAAUUUUGACUCGCUCGAGGAGUUUGAAAACUACAUCAUGGACGAAAGUUAUGACAACGAGUUCGAUAACUUGAACGUGCAUCUGAAGUACUUGCCACCGUUCAUCAUGUCUGAGAUCCACUCGAACGAGGAGAACAUCAAGCCUAACAUGAACUCUCUCAACAAGAAAUUCAGGAGACAGCUGCAGCAUCACCUGCAGAAGCACCUGAUACCGGAAAUCAAGAAAAUGAGCGGUAUUGACUACAACUUCAGCAAGGCUGGCGAGGGCCAGGAAUUCAACCAGUACGGCACGUCGUCGGUGUACAAGUGGCACUUUGUUGACGACUCCGACCAUGGAUUCCGCGAGGACGAGUACAAGCAGCGGCAACACUGGCGCGCGUUACUCGACGUGGAAGCCAACUCCGAAGACCCCACCGUGCGGGUCGACUUUAGAUGUAUAAUGAAUUAAUGAACGUCUAUGAAUUAUGACCAGACGUGGUCGUAGUGGACAAUGAGGUCCUCGCACACAAACGUCAUGAGGCCGAAGUACUUGUUAUUUUCUGGGCGACACCCUUCGAUGAAUAACCCGCCCAUAACUUUGGCAAGGUUCGAUGCCGGCAUCCUAUUAUGCCGGUUAUACUCGUCAACCAUUUUCAAGUGCUUCACGAACCGCGCCAGCAACGUCCUGUUUGGCGCCGGCAGCGUAUCGAAAAUCAGCUUGUACUGCUCAAAACGUUCCUCCGACUGGGCUAGCUGCUUUAUCUUGUCGAAUUCGGGAAUAAUGGUGUCCAAAAUCAACGGUUCCGGCAGCUCUCUGAAAAACAUCUUUAUAACUCCCGUCAAGUUAUGAACGUCGAACACGAGCUGGUCCUCCAUGUUGAGAUCGCCAUGGAGAUUUAUCACGUCGCGGAUCUCGUUCAGCACGCUCACCGACGCAGAUUUGCGAUACAGUCCUGUUUCUUCUAGACCUCGGAACUCAAUCUCGCUCAUCAUUUUCUCGAUUAUUGCCGGUAUCUGCCGGCCCUCGCGCUCGCACACGUAGUCCAAAGGCACCCCAAACACAAAGUUAUGGUGCGUGUACUUGUUUACCGUGCGCGACCAGUACCAGUGUUUGCGCGCAAAGUUGAUCUGAUACAGCCAAUCGUCCUUCUCGGCCUCUGACACUGCCUGGAAAACCAGCUCCUGCGUAGCACUGCUCAGCUUGAACGAGCAGGGGGCCUGAUAGACGGGGAAAAUUGUGUAGUCGCGCAAGUUGACCAAAAUCACGGGACGCUGCUUGGCGUCUACAAAGUCAUCCGCCACACCAAGGUCGUCGACACCCACAACGCGCUCGCCAUGGCCCAUGCUGAUGCUAAACGCACGGUUUUUGAGCAGCCCGCCGAGCUUGAACAUGGAGCUACCACUGCUGCCGGCUGGCCGCAUCGGGAUGCUGCGCGAGACGCGCACACUCUCGCGCCUGUAGUCUCGGUAGGGUUCCUGGGGGGCAGUCCACUUCUGCAGUUGCCGAACUAGCAGCCGUCUGCGUGCCGUCUCAAUCAAUAGCAGCUGUCGCUGCUGCUGCAGAUGGUGCCCAAAGACACUGCUGCCCGCCUCGGGCAACUCGCGCGGCGCAGGUUGAGCACAACUACACGAGAAGAGGAACGCAAACGGCGUGUUCUGGGGCAGGUCUGUGGUGGGCGGCACGAGGUCCAGAAUGUUGGAGACACAGUUGUAUGCAAACCUGCGCUUGUCGAAGUUGAUGAGGUUGGUGUUUUCCACCGCCUUGUUCGGAAUGAAGCACGCAAUCUCCAGCAUUCGCUCCGCAAGCCAACCGGGACAGGGCAGCACCUUAACCGUCGUGGUUUGCGGAAUCAGUUGCUCUAAGGAGUCGAGCGAGUCGGUCUUGGCGAGCUUGCGCCAACAAUCGGCAUAGCGACGGGACUCGGGCAAGAGAAUUACAUCUGUGAGACAGCUUUCUAACAUUCCCGGCACGCGUAGAGUCUCACCCGAGCGGGUCUUGCCGAGCAUCAGCGCUGCCACACGCAUUCUGUCAAUUCGUUCCGGCUCGACAAGGUUCCGGUCCAGGAUCUGUGCCGCAAAAUACGUUUUGAGCCGGAAAUAGAACUCAAACAGGCUUCGCACGGGGGCAGGAAAUUUAUUCACCACGUACUCGCCGCCGGCGUCCUUCAUUGUGGCGAGCCAGUUGUAGAUGUUUGCGACAACAAGCUCUGUGUCGGGCACGUCCGCCGGCUGCGCGUCGUACUGCGACAGGCUGAGCGGGCCGGUACACGCGUGUGUCUCUAGAAUCUCGAACGCAGCGAUCCAGUCGUCGAGCGUCGAUAGUCCGUACAGCGCGCCUAUCGUCGCGUCGAGGUCGAGCACGAAUUUUUCGAUGGUUGCAAUGUCCUUUGAGCGCGGCAGCAGCCUGUCAGCGGGCACAAUUGUCAACUCUGUGGUGAAUGUCGGCACCCGACGGUUCAGCACUGGCCGGUACGAUUUCCGCACGUACGAUUUCCGCAUACUUUUGUACGUCGCCGUUAGCGAGUCGUAAAGUUGACGCACCUGCUGCAAGGACUCUUGGUCCGAUGACUCCUCGGCCUCUAGCCACAGCAGCACCUUAUUCCACUGGACAAUCGUCUCGUUGUCGAUGUGGCGCAGCAGCGAGUCAAAAAUGGUUUUGUUUUCCAGAUUGUCUGUAAAAUGGUGGUAGCAGUUUUCGACAAGAAUUUGCAGCGUUUCGAGAACACCCAGUUGGAUCUGCCCCACGUAGAUCCAGUUGGUGUCUGCAUACUUCCCUGAAAACGAUGCAUCCCAGUCGGGCUCGCUUCCCUCUGCGAUCGAGCGCGCCGCCGCUUUCGCCCCAAUAAAUCUUUUUUUCAGCCCCUGCAGCAGCGUUGUGGUGGAACAGAACCCACGGUACACGGCGAAAAACGUCAUCGUAAAUACACCGUUGUUCAUCUUGAGCUCCACGCAGUCGGCAGGCGCGUUCCCAACAAAGCGUUUGAUGUCUUCUUCGGCGAUUCGCGCCCCAAAUGUGGAAUACGUCAAAACCAGCAGGUCCAGCAGCCGGUCCAGCGUCGCCGCUUUGGUCAGAAUUUCUGCACUCACCUUCUCGGUCUCCUUCUCGCGGCCCUCCACGUAUGCCUGAUACGUGUUGAAAUACUCGUCCAGGCUGAAACUAUUGGACGAGUAGCUGCUGUAACGCUUCACGCUUGCACUCUCGCCAAGCAGCGCACUGGACGGCCGCGACUUUUUCUGGAUUCCCCGUGUGUCGUUCGUCUUGAACACAAUACUGUCGUCGUCGACGUGGAAGUCGUGCGAGUCGACGUUGAAGACGUCGCGCACCGUCUUGACGAACUGGUUGCGGCUGAUUUUCUUGAGCUCGUCGUUGUCUGUCGCGGCAAGCGUGCUGCUCAGCGCAGGCUGUGCAGUGUCCCCGCCGCCGAUCGCGCCCAGCAGCGAGCUGCGGUCAAAGAUGCGGUCUCUCUCGAGCGUCUCGGGGAACAUCAGGGCUGCGUAGGAGCCCAGAAAUAACGGGCUGCGCGAAGUGUCGUGCAGCCGGUGAAACUGGCCCGCGUGCGCCGGCUCCACGCGCAACGACUGCUCCAUCAGCGCGGACAACGAGAGUGGCAGCCCGCGCACGUGACACUGCAGUACUUUGGAAAGCCGUCCAGCAACGACUGCGUCCAGCGACCCUACAUGAGCGUGCUUUUUCGAUAAGCCAGGCUCGUUGUGCACGCCAGCCAGAAACUGCUCCCACUUGGCAAACGAAGCGCGCACGCGCGAAACAUGGCGCUGGUGGUCGCGCAACGUGCAUGAGGCCUUUUUCACGAGCAGAUCGCCAAAAUACGGCACCACAUUCUCGCGGGCGUACAUGCGGCCGAUGCCCUGCGGCGCCAGAACGUGGUAUGAGGCACGGUGGCUUGCAGAGCUCACGAUCGAGCGCCGGUCCAGCUCGAACACUACUGGCGCCCAGUUAGAGCUCACUAGCUGGACGUACUCGGGCAAGACGUGGUCCCAGGUGCGGGCGAGCCGCAGCACGGGCAUCGAGCACACGACGGUGGCGAUUGCCAGCCACCCAACCAUAUCGCCCAUGCUACUCAACGUCGAACCCAGCUGGAUCCAUUUCCCGAGCAGUUGCGCGCGUUGCGUGGGGGUAGUCACGUGCGCGUCAUCAAACAGGUGGUAGCACAGCAAUCGUGCGAGGUAGUGCAGGUUGUCUGGAAGUGUGAAGAUGAGCGGGUUGGCGCGCCAGUGCGCGUGGUUAUCCAUCGCCGUCUCGUAAAGCAGUGACGGGUCGUUGUCAGGCGCCCACGCAGCCGCGUAGCGCUGGUGCAUCGCAUUGAUCUCAGCAGCCAGCACGUCCAGCCUGGUUUCCAAGAACACAGUCGCAUCUAGAUCGCUCAAUUGUCCCGUCCCCAGCGGCAGCAGCUUCUGCAGCUGCUGCUGUUGCUGGUGAAUCGCAAUUUUCAGGCUAUCGCAGUCCCUGUACCUGUCCACGCACACCAGCAGGUUCCAAAUGCCCUUGAGCACCUCUUCGUCGAGCAGCAGUCCCGGAAAGCUUUCGCGGAUCAUGUCCACCACCAGGUACAGUCUGCUGGCCCAAACAACCAUCCUGUUGUUGUGGUCCAUCAAGUAUUUGUUGGAGCUGUUUUUUUCUGUCUGUUCCAUCAGCUCGCUGUAUUUAUGGAAAUACUGCAAAGCAGUGGCCACGUUUUCCACCAGCGGCAGAAUUUGCACCAGCUGUUUGCUCACCUUGCUAUUGGGAUUGAAUAUCACAGCGUGGCAUAGAGCCUCCACAGUGCCGUCGACGAUCUCGCCCGUCUCGUCCUCAAGCUUUAAAUCUGGAUGCGGGUACCUGACCGACGCGUAGUCCAACUUGACAUUGAGCGACGACAGCGACGUGGCAAUACUUAGCUGCGACCCGGCAAAGUCGCUGGGCAGGUUAAUCUGCGGCAUGGCUUUGUGAGACCGGCUGCGCUCCUCGGAAAACGCUUGAUCCUCGUCCACUCCUGACACCACACUGCGCUGGGGAGCGACGUCGGCGGCCGCGCGCGCGCUGCUCUUUUUCUCCAGAUCAAAGCAUUUCACGUCUCUCAGCUCGGCCGGCGGCCGGUAAACCAGCAGUGUCGAGCCUUUCACCUCUGCUCGACACAGGCGCACGUCGUCGGCGUCGUCGGCGUCGCUGAGCUUGUUGAGCCAGCCCACCUUGAGCACCUCGCUGUCCCAGCUGGGAUCGACGAGAUUCUGCACGCCACUCGGUGCCAGCGACGCUGUCGACCGUUUGGCCGACAGGCCCUUGAGCAGGUUGCGCUUGGUAGCCUCCAGCGAGGCCGUCCUUGGUGCGGAUCUGCUGUUAAGAUCCAGCGUGGAAUCGGACCGGUCGUCGUCGCGACGCGGCUCGUGUGCAUCCGUGAGCGUGGGCGAGCCGUUUGAGCUGACCGAUGGAGGCGAAAUCACGCUGUGGCGCUUAUCUUUCCGCGACAGAAGCUUCUUCAUCGGUAACGGAUCAAGUAUGUGCUGGAAAAUUAUCUUUCAAAAUACAGAUUAGGUAAGAUGUGAAAAUAAAAAAAAUUAAAUGGCCUUUUUGGCUAGCUGCAGCACCGCGUCCUUUGACUUGGCUCCGCCAAUAAAGCCCGCCGCGUGCACGAAGAUGCAGCCCGGAACGCCCGUGAGCUCGCUCAGGGCGUCAUCCCGCACGCCGCGCCACGGCUCGGGCAGCUUCUUGCGCGAGUCAAACGACGACGCACUCACGGGCACACAGGCAAUCCUCCAGGCACCGGACGUGUCUGCGAACAGAACAUACUGAAUUUGGCCCUCGAUGCCCAGCUCCUUCUCCACAUUGUACAGAUGCUCUUUCCACGGCACAAAACGGUCCAUAAUAAUGAUUUUGCCGCUAGGAUCGGCCUCGAAUCUGCUACCAAUGGCUUUUUCCACGUACUGCUUCGCCGGCAUAAACGACUUGCCCAUGUACUCCAGGUAGUUCAUGAACGCAAAGCCCAUGAUCUCACUGGCCUUCUCGAAAGCUUUGUCGUAAUCUGCGUCGGUGGGGUCUGUGACCCAGGACGGAUUUAGAUUGGCCACGACAGAGGAUAGCUGGAAGUUUCUGUCCUUAAACAGCGGCUUCAGUUCGUCCUGGUUCUCGUAUUUGUUGAUUCCGUUGUCGUUGGCGUCCACAGCCUCGAUGAAGUCUCUGUACACCCGUUCGUACAGAAAGUCUAUGUCCUUUUCCUGGUCGAGCUCCAAAUUUUCUCUAAUUAUCUGUUUUCCAAAAUGCUUGUAAACUAGGCCGGCGGAGGACAGCUUUGUUUUAAAGCCAGGAGCAAACACAUCGUUAAAUUCCCGCUGGUGGUGGUCAAAGUACUUUUUGCCGUCGUACUGGCCGCUCACAUCGACUACAAUAUCACUGGCGUCCCAGUCCUCUUGUUUUCUCGAUCGCACAAGCUCGCAAUCUUUAAACUGUUUCAAAGUGCGCAACAUAUACACGGCGAGCGACUCGUCAGCAUGGAACGUUCCUGAGUGGGUGCAAAUCUUCAUUGGGCUCAGCUUCUGUUUUUUGGACAUGAGCCAAUAGUAGGACAAAAAUUUGU